AUGGAGUUUUCUUGCGGAUUGUGCCAGGAGGUAUUCGGCGGCUUCCGCAAGGCCCAAAAGCACAUCAGUACCAGCAACCACUACCGAUUUAGGGUUGGGCCCAAUGACGUGGCGUGCGAGAAGUGCGGCAUGAUGAACAUUGCAGAUCUCGUCGUGCUACAAUUUGGAGGCAACAGGCUGGACCUUAUGUGUCGGCGAUGCGCAGCCGGUGUCAAGAGCAUGCGCGAGUACGCUCUGGCCCAGACAGACAAUUUUAUGAAAGUUGUUGCAGAUUACUAUGUCCUUAAGAAGGCCGGUCCCGGUGAUGACGACGACUAUCUGGUCAAGGUCACGGGGGACGAGCAGUAUCGUCUACGAGACCGCAAGAAGGUCAAGGGUCGGUCGUUUGGGAAGCCUUCCCGUCCAGCUGCCAAGCGGGAGACGACAAAGGUCUCAAAGAAUUCUCUCCAGCCUGAAAAAGACUCACAGAAUACACAGAACGAAGCGCGGAAAGAUGGGCCGAAACCUCAGGUAAAAUCGUCUCCAAAGCCAGAAAAACAUGUCAAGGACAAGAAGGCCUCUGUUAAAGGACAGAAGGGCCCAGGAAAGCCAAAAGAGACAAACGGCAGGGGCGCCAAGAGCCAGCCACCAAAAGCAAAAGCCAAGGCCACGGAGAGAGGAAAAUCCGGCGGCACUAAGCAAAAACAGUCUCCCGCGCCUUUCGUUCCUGCUCCGUCUAUCAACUCCCAAAUCGUGCUUGUAGAGCAGCUCAUCAGGUCCACAGCCACCGAAGUUCCCCUCAAGCAUGAUUCUCUGCCCGAAUAUUUCCACCACCUGUGCUACGGGCUUCUCCUUGAAGAGUUAUUUGAGACCCAAUUUUUGACAAGGGUGACAGUGUCAUGGUCUCGGGAAAACCCUUACGGAGAGUUCACUGCUGAGGUUGACAAAAGAGAGGCCGAGGAGUACUCCAAAAACGACCCGUUGUCUCACCUGAAAAACGGACCGUUUAGCAGAGGCCAGGCGUUCUUCCUGGUGCGCAAGUCUGCUGUCAAACUCGCCGAGAGGCCGGAGUUCUGGUGCUGUGCUGCGCAGUUCUCCAAGAUGUCGCGCAACUCCAACAAAGUCACCAUUCCGAUGGACGUCUACAAGUGGAACCUCGAGCCUAUUCCGUCCGGAGCGCCUGUGUCGGGUUUUGCGCUGCUUCCCUGCGGAGCUGUGGUUACGCGAGUGAUGCAGGCGAUUGACAGGCUGGAGAACACCCACUUCAAAGACAUGCUGUUGGGCCAGAAGCCUAUCCGGCAGAUUUUCUUCAAAAACAGGAUCGCCAGCCUCAAAAAUAAACUGAACGAGUCGCAGUCCGUCGCUCUGCAGUCAGCCUUGAACAACCAAAUUACGAUCUUAAAGGGUCCUCCAGGGUCGGGAAAGACGUCCACGAUUUACGAGAUGAUCUUGCAAUUGCUGGACCAGCUGCAUUACCACCCAAUUCUCGUGGUUGCAGCUUCCAACAUCGCCGUGGACAACAUUGCCGAGAAAAUGAUGAAGGACCACAAGGACGACAUCGUCAGGGUGCUCUCCAUGGCAAAGGAGAGCGAGUACAACAGAGACCACCCGCUCGCUGAGAUAUGUCUGCACCACAAAAUCCGCGACCGUCUACCGUCCCAGGCACAGGAAACAUUACGUAAUCUUGCAACCGGCAAGGCGCACAAAGUGUCCAAGAACCAGUUCAAGAAGCUGAUCGAGGCAAACAAGGACUUGAGCAAGCUGCUUAUUGGCCAGGCCAAGGUGAUCUUCUCGACCACUGUGGCCAUCGGAGGCCCGCAUUUGCGCGAUCUCGCGCAGCUGCCGGUCGUCAUUAUCGACGAGGCCACGCAGUCGUCGGAGCCCAGCUCGCUGAUUCCGCUGGCCGCUCCGAACGUCCAGAAAGUGAUAUUUGUUGGCGACGAGGCCCAGCUGAGCUCGUACACCCGCGUGAAGUCGCUGGAGAUGUCUCUUUUUGAAAGAACGCUCAAAAACGGCACGUAUCAGUCUCCGCUGAUGUUUGACACGCAGUACAGAAUGCACCCGGAAAUCAGCGAGUUCCCGCGGAUGGAGUUCUACGAGGGCAAGCUGAAGGACGGGAUCACGGCCGAGGACAGAAAAGUGGCCGGUAUCUCGUACCCGGUGUUUUUCUGGGACCACGCCGGCGAGGCCAGAGAAAGCAGGGUCCGCUCGCUCAGGGUGGGGGAGGAGACCGGGUACACGUAUGUGAAUCGCGGCGAGGUCGAGCGCGUCUCGCGGAUCGUGGAGACGCUGAUUGUGGACAAGCAGAUUGCUCCGUCGCAGAUCGGCGUGAUCACGCCAUACGCCGGCCAGAGAGACCUGAUCUCGGCCGGUUUCAAGGAGAACCUGCUCAUCAACCCGGAGAAACAGGAGGUCCAGGUCCAGGUCGACAAGGAGGACGUCGAGAGCGACUCGAAGGCGGCCACCGUGCACCAGGUGAACGGCAUUCUUGUGGCGUCGAUCGACGCGUUCCAAGGCCGAGAAAAAGACUUCAUUGUGAUGUCGUGUGUGCGGUCCAACAGCGAGCGCAACAUCGGGUUCCUGAGAGACCGCCGACGGCUGAACGUGGCCCUCACGCGUGCGCGGUGCAGCCUGCUGUUUGUGGGCGACGCGCACUGUUUGAAGGGGGACCGGCUGUGGCAGUCCUACAUCGAGGGUCUGGAGCGGAAAAAUUACGUCCACCAGAAAUUGGUGUACUAG